AUGUCUUACGGAGGAGGCUAUCAGCCGCCAUAUGGCCAACCCCCGCCUCAGCAGGGAGGAUACUAUCAGCAACCCCCUCCCCAAGGCCAAUAUCCCCCUCCCGGCCAAUACCCUCCACCUCAACAAGGCGGCUACUAUCAGCAGCCUCCUCCUCCGGGUCCUCCCCCUGGCCAAUACGGCUCGCCCGCUCCUCCUCAGCAGUACAACUACAGUCAACCUCCACCGCAGCCUGGCUACGGGCAGCCACCUCCUCCACCACAGCCGUACGGCGGCCACUCGCCGCAACCGCCUCACGGCGCCCCCUACGGCGCUCCUCCUCCCCCCCACGGCCAGUAUGGCCAGCCGCCUCCGCCCCCGCCCCAGCAGUACGGACAGCCCCAAUAUGGCGCGCCGCCUCCCCAGCAGCAGUAUAGCAAUGUGCCCCCGACGCCGCCCUCGAUCGGCUACGGCGCGCCGCAGAUCAUCCAGUGGGACGGGGCCCCGGACGCGGACGCGCUGCGGCGGGCGAUGAAGGGCUUCGGCACGGACGAGAAGGCGCUGAUCCGCGUGCUGGCGAACAAGGACCCGCUGCAGGUGAACGCGAUCCGCGACGCCUACACGCGCAACCAGCGCCGCAACCUGAUCGAGGACAUCAAGAGCGAGGUCAGCGGGUGGUUCGAGGCGGGCCUCGUGGCGCUCGCGCGCGGGCCGCUGCUGCACGACGUGUACAUGCUGUACGAGGCGAUGGACGGGCCCGGCACCAAGGAGAAGGUGCUCAACGACGUGCUGCUCGGCCGCUCGAACGCCGACAUCCGCGCCAUCAAGUCCGCCUACUACCAGACCUUCCGCCGCAGCCUCGAGGAGGCCGUCAAGGGCGACCUGUCGCUGAAGACGGAGCGCCACUUCAUGAUCGUGCUGCAGGCUACGAGGGCCGAGGAUGCUGCGCCCGUCGACAAGUUCCAGAUCGACCGCGACGUCGAGGAGCUUUACAAUGCCACCGAGGGCAAGAUUGGCACGGACGAGAUCAAGGUGUGCAGCAUCCUGAGCACGAGGAACGACAACCAGCUGCGCGCCAUCUCGCACGAGUACAGGCAGAAGUAUGCCAAGAACCUGGAGGACGUCAUCCGACGUGAGUUCUCAGGCCACAUGGAAGAUGCCCUUCUCUACCAGCUCCGACAGGGCAUGGACAAGUACAUGCACCAAGCCACCCUCCUCGAGGCUGCCAUGGCCGGCGCGGGGACCAAGGAUCAUCUUCUGGUGUCUCGCGUCGUCCGCAACCACUGGGACCGUAACCACAUGGCCAAUGUCCGCGGCGCAUACGAGAAGCGCUACGGCAAGAAUCUGGCCUCGCGCAUCAAGGGAGAGACGAGCGGCGACUACGAGAGGCUGCUGUUGGCUUGUAUCGGCGAGCGUGUCUAA